AUGUGCACCCACAUGUAUACCACUUUCGUGGAUCUAUCGAAACAGUUUGACACGGUGAAUCGAUCUGGACUUUAUAAAAUCAUGCAAAAGUUCGAACUUCCCGAACACUUCACCCGUACGGUAUGUCAGCUCUACGACGGGAUGAUAGUUCUCGUCACGGACGACGGAAUGGUUCCCGAAGCCUUUGCAGUUACCAAUGGUGUAAAGCAGGGCUGUGUCCUCUCACCUACCCUCUUGAGUCUCAUGUUCUCUGCCAUGCUGACGGACGCCUACCGUGACGGGCGUCCAGGGAUUCCCAUCAACUACAGAACGGACGGACACCUUUUCAAGAUUCGACUCAUGCAGGCCCCCACGCGCGUCUUCACGACCACAGUUCAUGAUAUGCUGUUCGCGGACAACUGCACUCUCAACACCACAACCUAA